UCUCUACUUUCUCCUUCAAACUUCUCUCUCUCAUCUAACACUGUCUUUGGCCAUGGAAAACCAAACCGGUCUCAAGCUCAGAAUCUCUCGCAUGUUCAGAUCCUCCUUCGGUUCCUGUCGAACAAGACACAUAGCCGAUGUGAUGGAAAAAGCAGUUUUUGCACCACCCACUUCCAUUGACCCACCCUCUCCCAAAACCACACCCUUUGCUCCCACUUGUAGGUCCAAAACAAUCAAUGACACUUGCAUACUCUCCUUUGACGAUUCUCAUUCUCUCUCUAGACGCAAAAUCUCACAUUUUUCAUCACCUUUUCUCUGGGCCAACACCACCACUGCCACCACCAACAACCUCAAGCUUAACCUCGGUGUCAUGUCGUGUCCCCCCACUUCUCCCAAAGUUUCCCUAAACACAAUCCAAGACCACGAAUUCAUUUUCCACGACAAGAAGAAGACUUCUUCUUCAACAAAAAACGUUAAGACCAAGAAAAAGAAGAAGAAGAAGAGACGUUCCCAGAAGAGAAGGGACUUUUUCCCUUUCAAUUCAUGCUCCAAAGACACCAACUUUGGUGGCUACUGGUGGUACAGCAGCAACGAAGACGAUGAAACUGACACCCUUUUCUCCUCCAAGAGCCUCUCCUCCGACUCCUCCAGGUCCCGGCGCCGUGGCCGGAAAAGUGACCGGAGCUCCGACAUGGGUGUUCUGCCGCUGCACGGGAAGGUGAAGGACACGUUCGCGGUGGUGAAGCGCUCGAGCGAUCCUUACAGUGAUUUCAGGACCUCGAUGCUGGAGAUGAUCGUGGAGAAGCAGAUAUUUUCGCCAGCGGAUUUGGAGAAUCUCUUGCAGUGUUUUCUGUCUCUGAAUUCGUAUCAUCAUCAUAAGAUCAUUGUCCAAGUCUUCACGGAGAUUUGGGAGGCUUUGUUCUCUGACUGGUUUUGAUAUCAGUAAAACAAUAAAUAAGAGGGAGAAAGAAAAUAACCUCUAUCUUGUCUUCUUUCUCUCUGUUAUUUGUGUUAGUUAGUUUCCAAGGAAAUUUAAUUAGUUCAGUCCUUCUAACUCGCUUUGCAUGUAUGAUAUGAAAUGAUAUUCCAUCUUCUGCCUGCCACUCAGUUUAAUUACUGAACCCUUUUCGUAUGACA